UUUAACAACGGUCUGAAAUUUGUUUUCAAGUAAUCUGAUAGUAAAAAACAUCCGGUGUUUGACACUAAGAUCCUCAUCAGGAACAGUCUGCCUCAAAAUUUCCUUCAAGUGAGAAGCACAUGUAUUUCACGUAACAAAAUAAUUGACGUGAUGAAGAUGAAUACCUCAGCAAGAGACUUAGCACAGAGAAUAAGCAGAGCAAUAAUCUCAUCUUCAAACAAACAAACCAAAGGAAAUAACCAUCAUCAUUAUUCAUGGAACUCAAACAUCGAACAAACACUUCACAACAACCUUAACCAUCAAUUAACUCCAUCACUUGUUUCCUCAAUCAUCGACCCUUUCCUCCUCAACCACCAUUCCCUUGCAUUGGGUUUUUUCAAUUGGGCUUCUCAACAACCAGGCUUUAACCACACUUCAACUACCUUCCACUCUAUCCUCAAAUCUCUCUCACUCACGCCUCAUCACUCUCACUCUCUUCUCUCGCUUCUUAAACAAGCCCAAUCAAAUAACUUCACCAUUCACCCUUCAGUUUUUCGUUCCGUUAUAACUUCCCACAUUUUGCGCAACAACUAUCAUCAAGCUUUUUCAUUAUUCAAUGACGUCGUUUCUUUAAUAACCGAAAUUGGUGGUCCUACUUGUAACUCUUUGCUUGCUGCACUGGCUUCUAGCAAUAUUAUUAAUGCACACAAGGUGUUUGAUGAAAUGAUUGUUAAGAGUAUUUCUCUUAGUACACUUGGUUUUGGUGUGUUUGUUUGGCAUGUUUGUAAAGAGGGUGAUUUAGGGAAAGUGUUGGGUUUGUUGGAUAAAGUUGGUGAAUGUGGUUUGGAGAUUAACGGUUCGGUUGUGGCGGUUAUGAUUGUUAACGGAUUGUGCCAUGCUGGUAGGGUAGAUGAGGCUAUGGUGAUGUUGUUUGAAUUGAGGAAUAGAGGAUGGAAGCCGGAUUUUAUGGCUUAUUGGGUUGUCGCCACAACGUUUAUGAAGAUGGGGAAUGUUGUUGAUGAGAUUAAGGUUUUGAAAAUGAAGAGGAAGUUUGGAGUGGCUCCUAGGAGAGGUGAUUAUGAUAGAUUUAUAUUUCAAUUGGUUUCGGAGAAGCGAAUUUGCGAAGCUAAGAUGAUUGGGGAGGUUAUUGUUGGAGGUAAUUUUCCUGUUGAGGAUGAUGUUGUUAAUGUGUUGAUAGGAUGUGUUUCAGAUAUUGAUCAUGUUGCAGCAAUUGGGUUUUUUUAUUUUGUCGUUGAGAAAGAUAGGUUUUUGAGUAUUACAACUUUGAAUAGAUUGAGUAGGAAUUUGUGUAGGCAGGGUAGGUUGGAUGAAUUGUUGGAGAUAUUUCGUGUUUUGGAUUGUCGGAAUUACUUCAAGGAUCUUGAGGGUUACAAUGUGAUGGUGUCGUGGUUGUGCGAAGCUAAGAGAGUGAAAGAAGCCUAUGUUGUUCUUCAGGAGAUGAAGAAGAAAGGGUUGAGUCCUGAUGUCUCGUCUUACAAUUAUGUGAUGGAAGCGUGUUGUAAGGAGGAUUUGCUUCGCCCUGCGAGGAAGCUUUGGGAUGAGAUGUUUGCGAGUGGAUGUUGUGGGAACUUGAAAACAUACAAUAUUCUGAUUAGUAAGUUUUCAGAAGAGGGACAAAUUGAAGAGGCACAAAUGUUGUUUAACCGAAUGUUGGACAAGGGAGUUGAACCCGAUAGUGCGAGUUACACUUUUCUAUUACAAGGACUCUGCCAAGAAGACAAACUUGAAGAAGCUUUCGAGCUCUACAAAAAAUCUGUCAAACAAGAUAUUACCAUUGCACGUGACAUAUUGAGCUCGUUUAUAUUAUCACUCUGCAAGAAAGGACAUUUAUCAGCUGCUUCCAAUUUACUUUGCAGUCUUGGUCAUGAUAUAGGGCGCACAGAAUCCCACAUAGUUUUGUUGAAUUGUUUGGUAGAUUCAAAUGAGAUUCCAAUUGCUAUUGAGCAUUUGAGGUGGGUUCAGAACAGGUCCCCUUCAAUGCUACAAGAUAUAUGUACUGGACUUUUAGCUUCCCUUUCUGUUUCUAAAUUCCCGGAGCCGAUAUUACAGUUUCUUCAAAGAAUGCAAGGUUGAUAAUGCAACAAAACAUGGGAUUCUUCCGGAUACUGUCCAUGUUAUUUCAUAUGUGAGUGAACCUUGUAAUAACAAAGCAUGCAUCUCCUUUCACAGAUGGUAUGAACUGGUUUAUUAAAGUGGAGUGGAGGAAGAACACGAUCAUUGAUGUUCAAUUUCCAUUCAAUGAUCAUUUAUGUACUUCUUCAGAUUCUGCUGUUCCUAACAAAGAGGUUGAAUCACUACCUGAAGUCUCAAUGGCAUGAGGGCAUCACUGAAAAGAUCGAGGAAAUGAUGCAAAAUGCUAUUAAAACUGAUCAUGAGAUUGCCACUCCUAUGCUUUGAUUCAACUUAAUUGAGUCCUUCUACUAUGCAAUUCAGUAUUAAUCUUUCUCAAGCAGAGGACAUCCAAUCUUUGUAAUUCAAAGGGUUGUUGUGCUGGCAUCUCAAGUGUCUCCAAUGUUAUCUGUAAUAGACUCGAACAAUGUUCAAGCCCAUUAAGACAUUGUGGAAGCCAAAGAAUUGAAGUGGAGCCCAUGUGCUAAAAUCAUGGCCAAAAGGAAUCAGGUUAGGCUCAAGUGGCUAAUGGAUUGUUAUCCUUAUAAUAGGGUUGCCUUUAAAACAUCAUAGCCUCUAGAUUCUUCUAAUUUUUAGUGACUCAUCACUGUAAUAGAAAGGUACUAGAUGAAUAAUCUGUUCUAUUCCUUUUAAUUUAAGGGUUCUGUUAUUUGUAGAGUCCUAUAUGUACUGAGCACAUUCUAUGAAAUAAAACUAUGAUGACGAUAGAAUUUAGUGUAGAA